UACCAACACGCGGAGGUGAUUGAUGAGGCAAUCUGCCAUGCCUACGAUCCCAUGAAGUUGCGACCGGUGCUUUGGAGGUGUCUGACUAGUCAGGGCGAGAACGUCUGUGCCAUAUGUAAGUUUUGUCUCAGUCCUCCCAACUACACUAAGCAUGCACAUAAAUGUUGCAAAUUGGAAGAACUCGGGGGCGGUCAGAUUGAUUAA